GCUACGACAAUACCUUUGUACUUUGUGCUUAGUACCCCGACCUCCCCCGCCGUAUUGUCUUCUUUCCAAAAUGGGAUUCUGUUCUAGAAAUGCAUAGGGGCCAUGCGAUACCGGAGGUUGGACUAUUUAAAUUAGUUGACCAUACGUUUUUUCCUCCUUCAGGGCGGCUCAAAAAGCGCCGUCCAAAAUCAAUAGUGACCGUCGCAAUAGCUAAUCCUUGGCCAAUCUUUUGCAAUUUCGUCAGCCAGCACAAACGUAGAUUUCUACACUUCCAUUAAUCCCUGUUAUGGCACGGAUAUCUCGUUCCCUGCGUUUUAGCACUGCUCCUGUUGGUUUGGAUGUAUACGUCAUCGGGCAUUGGCUCGCAAGUAUUGGCACACAUGAAACCAAAGUCUAUAGUCCUAUUCCGGCCAAAGAUUCACAUAGUACAGGGGUCACUGGUGUAAAUACACCCCCCGGCUCUUCUGAUUUGGCCGAAAGUGGUUACAGGCGUCGGGACAAUGCCGUAGGCUUCAACGACAAGUCCUAUGAGGGCCACGGGAAAUCCGGAUUUAGUGCUGUACAACAAUCCAAGAAAGUGAGCUUUAGGACACUAACAAAAGAAGGUACAUCCUCAUUUGUCGAUCUAAAUCAAAUUACCGACACCUUGAGGAGGUUUCGAUUCAUCCUGCCCGAAAAUAAUCUGUUAAGGACAUGUAAGAGCUCGCCAUCGUUGAAUCGGUACCAUUUUAUCCACGGGGAAGAUAAAGAGAACGCUCAUCGAAGACUGAUAUUCGGGAGAAGCCACACGGCCGGAUACCCGCACAAUAGAGUACCGUCUUGUGCGAGAAUCGAAACAAGCACCGAGCCGAAGCCACAGGAAUCACUUGAAUCAUAUCGUCUGUCUUGGGAGUCUCCUAGGGCUCACUUGAUCUCCAAAGACAUCUAUAAUCACACCUGCUCCAAGGUUCUGGAGCAGAGAAAGCCUCAGAAGACUGCGAUUCUUGACGACUACGUACUACCGUCCUCUAUUUCUCUUCCUCCUUCCUUGGACAGUCCGAUUACAGGGAGAAGCUCCUACUACCUGUUGGGCGAUCUUCUUGAAAACCGUGUGUUGAACCCUAGAAUACGUCCUCUUGACUCUCGUAUUACGCUAAAGAAACUCAAGCUUGAUAGACAAACAUUUAAAUAUUUUCGCAGGGCAACAAGCCGUCACCGAAGCUUCUAUGAUAUGCCGAAGAACCGAACAGGCGGCAAGGUUUCUAAGAAACGGUUUGGACCCUCGUAUCACGUUUUUCGGCAAAGAUAUACCGCGGUAGAACAAAGAGAAGUUUUGUGCCCAUACUGUCCAGGCUAUAAUCGUUGGUUUAAAGACAACCACUCGCUGUUUCAGCGUCACCUCACUUUGGCCCAUGGUAUCACGAAGGUCGGCAAAACAAUCCAUCUCUUGCCGUUGCCAAAGGCGAUAUUUGAAAUACGACCACGAGGAUAUAUCAACACGUAUGCUCAGUGUCCCACGUGCCACGAUUGGAUACGUUUGGGAUUCCCUGAAUGUUUUAGCGUAAGUUCAAAGGCUGAAAACGUUCAAGGAUCUGGGAAGGAGCCCAGAAUGGAAGGCUUAUUUGAAAACUUCUUUGUCCACCAGGUAAAGUGCAUCGAUAGUUUUCUAGCUGGAAGACAAUAGGCAUAUAGACACAUGGUUUUUAUGGCUUUAAAGAUAUUUUUGAGAUAUGACCUAUAAAAUAGUUUUUGUGGGGGCCAUGGCUGCUGUGCCCAAACGCCUUUUUCUUAGUCAUGCACCUCCAUCUUCGAAGUUUCUACAUGUACUCGAUACUUCUCAUAUCUGUGUAGCUAGCUCCAAUUAGUGCUGUUUAUUAAUUAAUAAC